UGUCAGUCAAAAUCUACUAAUAAAUGACCGCAUAAUAAUAACCUGUACUCCAGUUUUAGGGAAAGAUAAACAAUACCAAGUGUCUGCUUCCGGUACAUUUUCUGGACAGUUUUUACUAUGAAAUAUAAUAAUUAUGUCACCGAUAGCGAAAUUUUUAUUCUUCUAUAAAACAGUCAGUUACGCUUUGGUUCCUGUUAUUCAGGUAAACAUAUUCGCAUCAUUUCAAAAUACACCACAGUUACGUCGUUUGUAACACGAAACAUGUUGCAGACAGUGGCUUUGGUGCCUGUGGUUUUAUAUGGGGCCCUUACAUGCACACAGUUAGGCUUGAACUUCACAGGGAAACCAGGCAACAGAACGCAAUUUUUUUUUUGAAUUCAAUGAAUGUAUCAUUAUGAGCUUUUAUUAAGUUCUGAUGCCGAAUCCUCAUGUUGUUUGUGACCUUUAUUAUUUUUUAACACAAUAACAACAUUUUAUGUAUAAAGUGGUAAUGCAUGAAACAUUUCUGACAAUCGCAGUGCGAUUUUAUUGCAUUAUGACAGACAUUUUAUUCCGCCAUUUAUUUUUCUCGCCUUACGAAGUGAUUUAACAAAUUACGACUUUCGUAUUCAUAUAUCCUGCAUACACGCGCGUAGGCAGAUUCAGAUACUUUUGUUUAUUAUUGCAUUAAAUUCUGAAUUCAUAAUGUCAUGAUCUCUUAAUGAAAUAAACAGAACUGAAUAUCAUUCUCCUCAUUGUAUUUCGUAAACACAAUAAUUUGUUAAUUAUCUGAUUUCUGAUUAAAUAAAUCCCACCAUAUUCAAUGGUUUUUGAUGUGUAAGCGCGUAAUGCUUUUCAAGAUUUAUUGACUCAAAUUCACUGCUUCAUUUUGCUGUCAGGCCAGAGAUGCUGCAAACAGGUUUUUUACAUUUUUUACUAGUUUUCCCGUCGCUUUUCGUCUGAAUCCAAGCUCUUUCUCCAUAAAGAGUGACUUUAUUGCUACUUUCCUGCUUCAUUGCUUGUCACAGAGCACAGUUUUUUAAUCAGUUGACACCUCAUGGAGUGUUUGCGUUAAUAGAGACAGAAUAUGAAUCAUAACCACAGCUGCUAUGUUACUGGUCUACUACUCAAAAUAUAGGUCUGGUGAUUCACAAAUGAAGCCCAAGGGUUACAUGUUUCUUAAAUGAUUGCUUUGGCGUGAAUGUAGCAAGUUUGAUGUAAUAUACAAGAACCCAUUGUCUCUUGAAGAAAAGAGAAAGGAAAAUGUACAGUAAAGAACAAAAUCAGGAUGAAAGUUGUCAUUCAGCGCGUAACCUGAAACGAUAUGAUUUAUAUUUCCAAGGAGAGGGAAAAUCGCAUCGUAUAUAUUGCAUCUCGAAACACAAAAAACUUAAUGGUGUAUUUUGAGAUAAAUUUCAGCGGUGAAUAUUUUUCCCCCUCUGGUUGUGCACAAUAAACUGCAACCUGUGAAAUCAGCUAUGUUUCGAGGACAUUCUUAUCUUGUGCUGGAGCACAGAAUCCUGGAAGUUCUCGCGCUGAGCCUUGGACGUCAAAGAGGCACCAAUACCGGGCAGUGAAUACGCGGCACAUUUCAAAGGAUUUUCUCUGGGAUAUUUUUUUGAGACAGGAGUCAAGCCGAGAACACAUGCCUGUCCUUUUUAAAACAGGCCCAGCUCCCGUCAAUCACAGCACAUAUCCACCAAUCCCAAAGCGCUGAGUUUUAAAAGCACUGCUGCCCUGCUGGGCUGUUAUAUUGCACCAUGGCCUGUUUCAGAGCAUUUUUACUACAACCGUUAUUGCCACAAACCAAGAGCGCUCAGAGUGAACGGCAUGGGACGCGCACCAACUUUCGCCAACUUCCAUCCGCUGCUUCUUGUUCUUCCUCCUCCGAAGAGCCGGCAGUCUUAGGAAUUCCGCUUGCAUGUGAUGCACAACAGCCAAGUCGAGGGAAGUAAUAAAAAAAAUGUCUUGUCAAAUCUAAGGACAAGACCGCUGAUUGCUGAUUCUGCGAAUUUCCAGCCUUGCUUACUGCUGAUAUGUCAGCUCUGCCGAGGUUUGGUGGCUGCCCUCUUUCUCUGGUCUGCCGGGGGGAGAGCAAUUCUGAACCCAGCGUGGUGUUGCCACCUUUGGCAGGGGCGCACAUGGGACACCCCACUGGCAGUUCCUUAAAGCUCUGCCCCACGCACACUUUACGAGACCACCCCGAGACGAGGGCCAGUGCUUACGUUGGUUAUCCGGUCCCGCAGGCUUCAGAACCUGGUUACUCCUUCCAGCAGAUAGAUCAGAGUCCUAGGGGCACCAGCAGUGAAGCAGAUACUUGUGGAACAAACAUACCAGCAGUUACCGAUCAUCUGGCCUCAAGAGCCGCCCACCACAGCGCUGCUGGAAGGUACCGUGAUCUCCAGAGCUUUAGAGACACCAAGCCGUUUCUGAACGCCUACUACGAGCAGGCCCACGGCUCCUCAGAUGCUCCUCAAGACCUCAGUACCCAAGUGAUGUUUGGUUUGCCAAGGGAUUUACUCUCAAGAACACACUCUUACAGUCAGACACUCAGCGGGCCAAGGGGUAACAGGCAAGAGCUUGUAAGUCAGUUCCUGGGUCUAUACAAACCCCUGAACAUGGCCAUCCAGCGAAGAGGAGGUGACACUUUCCUCAGGUGGUCCGGGCAGAACGUGAAGCGCGAGAUGUUGUGCAAGUGGAGCGAGGGAAACGAGGGGGCGGAUAGCGGGUCGUGCGCGAGGACUUUUGGAACCAUGUAUGACCUGGUGAGCCAUGUAGCGCUGGAGCACCUCGGGGGACCCGACCAAGCCGAACACAUCUGCUACUGGGAGGACUGCUCGAGAGAGAGGAAACCGUUCAAAGCCAAAUACAAGCUGGUAAACCACAUCAGGGUUCACACAGGAGAAAAACCUUUCUCGUGCCCCUUCCGAGGCUGUGAGAAAGUUUUCGCAAGAUCGGAGAAUCUGAAGAUCCACAAGAGGACACACACAGGUGAGAAGCCUUUCAAAUGCGACUUCGAGGGCUGCAGCCGCAGGUUUGCGAACAGCAGCGACCGGAAGAAGCACUCCCACGUGCACUCCAACGACAAGCCGUACGCGUGCAGGGUCACGGGCUGCGACAAGUGCUACACGCACCCCAGCUCCCUGCGCAAGCACAUGAAACUCCACUGCGCGGACUACGCGGCCAAACCCCACGACGACCGCGACGACGGCGGCAGCGCGCACCUUCCCGCGCUCAAAAUGCGCGGCGUGGGGGAUCUCCAAAGCGCCCCCGCGCUCAAGCCCCACGUGGUGUGCCCGGUACUGCCCACCUCCUCGCGAGAGCCCCUGUCACCAGAGAUCAGGAGCAGCGGCUCCCCCAGGGCGCGCUUCCCUCACCCCUACGAGGGCGCGCUGGAGUGCUCGCGCGCGGCCCCCUGCGUCGCGGACCCCCUGUCCCUGCAAAGGGAACAUUUUAGGAAGGAGUUCACCCAGUACGCAUCGCACCAGCUGAGUCAAGGCUUCACCCAUAACCCUCGGACCCUCCAGAUUCAGGGUGGCUCGCCCUUCCAGAAGAGCAUCGUGAAUGGCUGGUACACCUGUCAGAGUGCCUCCGAGGCCUUCCCUCCAAAGCAGUGCGACAGUGUGUGCUCCGUGGGACUGAACGCGGGCGCCUUCGACUGAACACGAUCGCAUGUUGGCAUAUCAUCGUGAGCCGGGAUGGUCUUUGUGAGGCCGCUCCUUCCUGGUGGUGAAACGCUCGAGACAGUGUAAAUCAGUGCGCCGCCGUCUUCGUAGAUACACCCUUCGCUUCGUGUCACCACUUUGAGGAUUCCUUCUAGUUGUGUCCAACAUGAUUGCAAUUCGUGAUUAAAGUGUAAAGUGUGUGUCUUUUGGGGGUUCCUUUCUUCUGUACGUGCUGUGGGUUCGAGUCCCUCUUUACAGCUUCCAGCUGACCCCACCCCUCACCCCUUGCGUUUUUGUGCCGUCGUCUAAAAAUCGCCCGCUAACUCGCUGAGCUAAGAAGACAGGUCUGCAGGUUUGUUCUGGGAAGGUCACUGUUCAUAUACUCACCAUGAUUUCAUGUGUAUUUUUGACAAAGUGCAGACAAUUAAUGUUGUAAGUUUCAAGUUUUGCUCACUGUGUAACUACGUGUACAAAGCCCCCCAGCCUGUUAGUAUCAAGGGGUCCAUUCAAUCCAACCAAUAAACCCAACUAAAUGAGUUUUUGUAUUUAUUUACGUAAAUGCAUUUUUAUUUCAAUUCGCCAAUUUAAACUGACGAAAAAAAUUAAUAAGACCGUCUUCAGCCGAUAUGUUGAAAAGCCCUAAUCGGAUGGAUGGAAUUAAACCUCUCCAGUAACCAUGUAGUGUAACUGCGCUGUUAAUUUAUUUAUUUGUUGCAUUUCAUGUAGACAUAAAAAAAUAAAGUUACUGAUAUAAAA